UUCAUUUCCCAGCCAAGACAGCGCGUUUCGCAGGAAAUGUCGUUUUAACAUUUCUCUUAAGGCAUGCUGGGAAAUUCUCCUCUCUCUUUCCGGUUCGUACGCCAUCAUCUGAGACAGCAUGGGUGCGUACAAGUACAUGCAGGAGCUAUGGAGGAAGAAGCAGUCGGACGUGAUGCGUUUUCUGCUCCGCGUCCGGUGCUGGCAGUACCGACAGCUCUCCGGUCUUCACCGGGCACCCAGGCCCACUAGACCCGACAAGGCCCGCAGGCUCGGGUACAAAGCCAAGCAAGGAUACGUGAUCUACCGCAUCCGCGUGCGCCGCGGCGGCCGCAAGCGUCCCGUGCCCAAGGGCGCCACCUACGGCAAACCCGUUCACCACGGCGUCAACCAGAUCAAGUUCGCCCGCAGCCUGCAGUCCACAGCCGAGGAGCGUGCCGGACGGCACUGCGGCGCCCUGCGGGUGCUGAACUCCUACUGGGUGGGCGAGGACUCCACCUACAAGUUCUUCGAGGUGAUCCUGAUCGACCCGUUCCACAAGGCGGUGCGCCGCGACCCGGACGCCCAAUGGAUCACCAAGGCGGUGCACAAGCACCGCGAGAUGCGCGGCCUGACCUCGGCCGGCAAGAAGAGCCGCGGCCUGGGCAAGGGCCACAAGUUCCACCUGACCAUCGGCGGGUCCCGCCGGGCCGCCUGGAGGAGGCGCAACACCCUGCAGCUCCACCGCUACCGCUAGGGGGCGCCCUCGUCCACGUCUGUACAUUCAAACAAAUAAAAAAAGCGCUCUUUUUUUUGUGGGGAACAGUCA